AUGGCGCCGUUGAGGCAAUGGAGCCCGAGGCAGCUAUGGUCGUUUCCACGCGUCGUGGUAUCUCAUGCAGCUCCUUUUUCAGUCUCAGCGAACCAAUGUAUAAGACAACGACCAACACGACGACCCGUAUCACGUCCAACUCAGAAACCUUUGGAUCAAGACUCGGGAUUACAAAAGAAUCAAGAACCCCAACCUUCUAGUACCAUUUCGCAACAACAAACACCGACCACUUCACCUCCCCGUACUUCAUCAACUAGCACCGUGCAACCACAACAACACGAAUCUACAGCACCACAAGACACCAGCAUAUCCGGUCCAUACAAGCAAACCCUCCUAGCAUGCAAAUCUGUACGACACGAACCUAAUCCAUCCUCACCUUACCACGUAACAGCACGCACCACCAAACCCCAACUUCAACAGCUCUCCGCAGCCGAGAAAUUCUUCGCACCACCAUGUAAAUUCCUCUACUCAGCCGAAGCUCUACGGCACCACUCCAUUAAUAAUCAUAUCCCCGAGAUUGUUGUCCUCGGCUCCUCCAACGUUGGAAAGUCAACCUUUCUCAAUGCCCUCGUCGGCCAAGGUAAGGCUGCGAGAGUGAGCCAGAAACCAGGCAGAACGACAUUGAUGAACGCCUAUGGAAUAGGACCACUGCCCAAGAUACCCAGGGAACUGGUACCAAAGGGCAUGCCGCCGCCUAGACAUAGCCUGAUAGUGGUGGACACGCCUGGGUACGGCUUCAGAAGCCAGGCUAGUUGGGGAGAUGCCAUUAUGAAGUACCUCCAAGCGAGGAGGAUGUUACGCGGGGCGGUGGUAUUGAUAUCGUCUGAGAAGAGGUUAUUACCCGAGGAUAAGUGGAUGUUGAGGACGUUGGCGGAAGCUAAUACCCGGACGGUGGUGGUUUUGACGAAGGCGGAUAAGACGAGGAACGGGUGGGCUGAGAAGUGUGGUCUUCUUGCAGAGACGGUGCAACAGGAACUGGAUCGUUUGAAUGCCCAGUUUGGUGGUAAGUGGAGAGAUUCAGAGGGUGCGGCAUCGCAGAUAUACAUCACGGCUGCAGGUAUGGCGAGUCCUGGACAGUUGAAGAAUGGAGGUGGGAUGGGAGGAAUAAGGACGGCUAUCUUGGAAAUGGCUGGUUUUACAUUACAGGAAUCCGUAACGAAGAAAGCGGAUACAGUGACAUAUACUGGCCCUAUUGUGUCAUUUGACGACAUUGAAUGGAAGAUUUAG